AUGAAGUUGUGUACCUGCACCUCUCCGGAUAGCCCUGUCGAAGCCCCGAGACCAUCACUUCACGGCUGUGAUGAACAGAGCAAACAGCCGCUUGCGUCCAGACGACUGUUUCGCAAGCCCUCGAAACUACAGACCACCUUAGAGGUGACGAGGUGCAAAUUCGGAAACACCAGUCGUCAAGUUACUCCCUUAGGGUUCGACUUCACUCCACAAAAAGAUUGGACGCCGAUAUAUCAUGCUGUGUACCACGACCGAGAAGCAGCUCUUCAUCACUUUCUACAGAGCGGCGUAUCGCCUGAUGAUACGGCAGGCACGGGCGUACCGCUGCUGUGCAUCGCGGCUGCACGCGGGCAUUUUGAACUCGCAAGGGUACUACUGGAAGCCGGUGCAGCAAUCAACGCAUGCUUGGAGAAGAACGGAGAGACUGCUCUACAAAUCGCCAUAAGAGGAAGUCAACACCAAAUCAUCGACUUACUCCUUGCCAAUGGACCCAACUUGGAGGCAACCACCACCCAUACUGGAGAGACUCCGCUGCACUAUGCUGCGGUAGGGUCGAGCUCACUCGUGGUGGUCAUGAAGCUGCUCAAGCUUGGAGCAAAGUACGAUGCCCAGAACCUGGAAGGCCAGACUCCAGCAGCGGUUGCACUUCAGGCCCACAAUCUUCACACGGCGGUAGCGAUCAUCAACAUGGCGCGCGGGAAGCCGAAACAGCUAGCCAAAGAGAAAGAAAUGCUUCUUCAGCAUGUAGAAGCAACUGUAGGCCAAUCCUCGAUGACAAAGGACCUCAUCGCCGAUAUUUUCGCGGCUACAUGUGACUCAGAUUCGACGGUCUUGAUCGCAGCCAUUGAGAAGAAUGAUGCUGGGCUGGUCGAGAUGUUUCUGGAAAAAGGUGCAGAUCCGCAUCGCGCAACUGCAAAGGGUCUGCUGCCGAUAUUUGCAGCGGUCAAAUUUGCAGAUCUGCGCGUCCUGAAGCUGCUCGUACAGCACGGCGCAGCUAUUGUGGAACAAGACCUAGGCAAUCUCAAUCUGCUACAAGUACUGUUGGAGACAUCCUCAACACGCAGCGAUGAGUCUACAGCAGCCAUGAUUGACUAUUUGCUCGCCAAGGGUGUAGACGGGUUGGCGCUGUACCCAGAUGGCAAAACAUUACUCCAUCGGGCAGUCAAUACAGAUUGUGACCAUGUAAGAGUGGCGAAGCUACUGCUAAGACAUGGUGUCGAUGUUAACGCGCAAGACAACAAUGGCAACACUGCACUGCACCUUGCGUCGAUCAACGGCCUCGCAAACACAACAGGACUCUUGCUCACCGCCCGCGUCGACUCUACAAUUGUCAAUUCGAAGAAACAUACACCACUUCUCUGCGCGGUUCAAAACCAGCAAUGGUCCGUUGUGCCGCUUCUAGCGGUAUCUCCUGCGAUGACUUUGUGGGACGCAGAAGGGUCGACGGCGUUACAUCACAUCGCUCGAAGCAUACCCGAGGACUCCGCCACCUGGACAGACAUUGCAGCUGCAGCGAAACCAUUAUGUGAGCGAGAUGUCUGUAGAAGUAUGCGAGAUCGUUCAGGAGCAACCUCGCUUAUACAGGCGGUCAGGACACUACCCGAAGAAGGACUACCUGUAGUCGAAACACUGCUCAGUGUAGGUAUCAAACAGAGGAACUGUAUUGGACACGAAGACCACAAGGGACGCGACGCUCUGCACUACGCCGCAACCCUUGGCAAGCUGGUCUUUGUGGAGGUACUGCUCAAGCACGGCGCUCCUAUCGUACUGAAAGAUUGGGCUGAUGGUAAAAGGCAGUUCAAACUGCCAACGGAUACCAGGGAACAAACUCUAAAGCUCAUUACCGAGAGCGAUCGUCUGCGGCAAGCGCACGCAGCGCAAAAACAGCCCAGUCUUAACCAAGAGAUGCGGAUUGAAAUUGUUUCUCCCGAACGAAGAUCGAACUCAGCCAUAUCAGGGUACCGUGCAGAUCGAAAUACAGAGUACAGAUCAAGACCAAGCCGUAAUGACAUAGGGAAGGUUUCGUCAACACAACAUCUGCGGGUUCCAGCUCAUCACCAGAAGCAAGCAACGUCUUCUCCGUCUUUCCCGGCUCGCGGUUCUAGCAGACAGCGACGAUCAGAAGAAGCUAUCGCUGAGAAACCCCGGGCCGUAUUCCCUCCACGUGUCGCCCGGCCUCUGACACAAGUCAGCAGCACAUACGACCAGCGCAUUAUUAAGGACGCUACAUCGCAUUCACCCCGAUAUCUUGCAGACCAGCCCAAGGCAACCAUGAAAAAGCUCUUCUCGAACCCAAGAUCUCAAGACUCCAGUUUAGCUUUCUCGCCUCAUUCCUUAGGCAAGCAACAAAUACCAACAGCGUCAACCAAAGAUGAACCUGCGGCACGAUCCGUUCCGCUCGUUAAGGAGAAGCAAAGCCUAGGUCCAAGCCCGAGCCCUGUUCCAGCCAUGUCGAGCAUAGAAUCUCCGAUGGAAACAACAUCCUUGGCACCAACCAAAUUGGAAAUGCUGCCGUCACAACCCCUUCUAAGCUCAAGGGAAGAAACGACGACCGAUGCUAUGAAUGCCUCCACACCUUCAGAGACCCCAAAGCCUCCCACUCAUCCCAAGCAUCCAACUCUUCCAACAUCUUCCACAACAGCCUCAAAGCCUACGAUGCCAGAUUCUCUACCGUUACAGCCAGCUCGAGCAGAUAGCGGCGUAAGCAUGACGCAGAAGAACAUCACAGCACAUACGUUGCCUCCGUCGAAUCGGACGAAGCCUACCUUUGACGGGAGUGCACCGACAACGAAGAGACAAAGCGGCAAUGAGCUUGCCAGCUGGCUGGCGAUUAGUAACAUGUUGGGAAGGUUGUGA